AUGAAAUUUAUCAUGUCAACAAUGAUUGAUCACUUUCACGCCGAUCAGUUCGAUGUCGAACUUUGGCGUGAAUAUAUGCUGACAAUGGUGGCGCUGUGCACUCAUAAGGCGCUUCAGUUGGGUUCUUCAGCAGUCACGGAAAGGCGCUCUCGUGUGUUAUCAUCGCAGCCGGACUUGAGACGAGUUGCCGUUGCAGAUUUACGUUCCAUGUGGUUCCGUUUGUCGGUGGCUCAGAAGACGUUGUAUGUGCCGUCUAUGAUUGGCUCGUAUCUCCAAGUUGCUCUUGUUGAUGAUGACGUUGUGCGUGAAACUGUGAUACCGAUAUUUUUUGACAUGUUGCAAUGCGAAUUCCAUUCCUCUCUAUCACACACCUUCACAAAGUUUGCCAACGAAACCAUAAUGCAGUUAGAUUGCCUCGUUGAUGAGGACUGUGGUGGCGAGAAAUUCAAGAAACAGCUGCGAAACAUCAUGAUGGAUAUGUGCCGCUCGGACAGUGAUCUUGUCGCUGAUGGUUGCAAGUUCGUGGAUGUAAUUGACACUCUUCUGCAACAUCUUUUUGAGUACCGGGAAGUACGAACAAAUGGCUACUGUAUUGAAAAUGGUAUGGACCGAACUGUUGAACUGUUGAAAUUUUACGAUAUGAUUGGGCAGCCGGACCUCUAUAUAAAUUAUGUGUACAAACUUUACGAUCUGCACAUGCUCAGCAACAACAAAAUCGAAGCUGCUUUUACGCUGCUUAAGCAUGCCGAAACAUUGUCUUGGACAGAUUGCGAGCUGCCAACUGCGCUUAUUAACGCACAUUUAAAUCGCCAUUGUGCCACCCAGCGUCAACUCAAGGAAGCCCUCUACAAUGAGGCAGCCAAUUUGUUUGAUGAAAAAGAACUGUGGGAAGAGUCAAUUGGUAUUCUGAAGGAAUUGACACUGGAAUAUGAAAAGAAUUAUGAAUACGAGAAGUUACCGUUUCUUCUGCGCCGUCUUGCGGAUUUGUAUCAUAAAGUGAGUACGCAAGGACGAGUCGCAUGCACAUAUUAUUUUGUCGCAUUUUAUGGGCUUGGUUUUCCGAGUUAUCUCAACGCCCGACAGUUUAUUUAUAGAGGAAACGAGUGCGAAGCGAUCGUUAGCUUUCAACAUCGAAUGCAGUCAACAUUUCCGGGCUCGGAGCUAAUCAAAACAAUGGAUGAUUGUUCUCAUCUUGCCCAGCAUGAUGGCAGAUUUUUACAAAUCUUUCCUGUGCAGCCGCUUUUUGAAAGAAGAUGGGAAAAGAAGUGUUUCAAUCGUUUGAUCAGAUGGUACUUUAAGAACAAUCGAGUGCAAAAAUUUGAAUUUUGCAAGGGCGAAUUUCGAAAGGGUACAAAAUGGACGGAGCUUGAAGAUAACGAAAUUAUGAGGUCCUGGGUAAUCCGACGUUCGGUUUUUACAAAAGAACAGCUGCCAAGCAUAUUGAAGUGGUCGCAGAUCACCACUGUUUCUGAUGUUGUCGAAUGUUCACCACUUAUGGAAGCUGUGACUACGAUGCAGAAAAAUAAUGAAGAAUUGGAGGAAAUGGCGCACGUUGUCCUCUCGACGCCUUUGGAAUCGGUUGUCCCAUUGGGUGGCAAAAUUCGAGGCGUUGUGCAGGCUUUUAUUUUCUUCUCGGAUCAGUGUGCUGCAGUGUUAACGCCUGAGGAGCACGAGUUGGUGCGACAGUUGAAAUUGUUGAUAAAAAAUCAGGUGCCCAUAUUGGAAUUCUGUUUGUAUGCGCAAGCUUCACGCAACCAUCAGGUUGAUCCGCAGUUUCAUGAAUCGCUUGUAACGUCAUUUUCCGAAUACAAAACGAAUAUUGAGAAAAAAUUUGGAAAAUUGCUAGCCGACGACGAUGAUGAUGCAACGACCCUCAAAUCGGUGAAGUUGGCGAACAGAUCGGCGGAUGGAGCAGCAGCGCCGCCUCCUUUACCACCACGACCGGCCACCGCAAUAAGAGUGUUGAUGCCUCGGCGCGAUGAGACUACUUCAUUUCUCGUGGAAACAACUCACCACAAUGUAUGA